AUGAACUAAACAACUGAAAAUAUAGACUUGGAAUUAGAAAAACUAAGGACUUUUUCAAAAAGAGUACUCAAAGAGUUGAGAAUUAAAUCAAGUUAUGAAGAAGAAUAAAUGAAUUGCAACAACCUCAAAAUUGAUUUGGAUGAAUUUCAAUAAUGUUGCAAAAAUCUCAUCGAUCUUACCUAGGAUUUGAAAUUACAUAUUAGAGUCAAUCAACUAACAAAGAAUUAAAGAGUAGAUAGAAGUGGAGAAUAUGAAAAAUUAUAAUUAAGUAUUAAAUAACUAAAUCAAUGA